GCCGCACACCACAUUAUUAGCCAGGGGCAUAGGUAUGGAGCUUUGACCCACUCAAGGAAGUUCACGAUCUUUGCCCCACUCGAUUUUUCAAUGCAUCGUUGAGAGCAGAAUGGGUACCUGGAGCCGACACAAGAUAUUGCCGCGUCAUGGCGUUCCGAUAUGCAGCCGCUGAAGCAGAAUCACCUUCGAGAUGAUCGGAAGCUCAUGUCAGAAUUUGGCCGACAAAGGAGCGGGCGUAUGCAGCUACGAGGGCAGUGCAGCGAUGCUAUGGUGAAAGAUUGCAUAAGAGGUUGCAGCUCCUCAGGAAUUAUCAUCCAGAGCAGCACAUUCGUUUCUGUCGUUACUCGAGUCUUGCACUAUCUCUUCCGUUCAUUUUUCCACUGUCUUUUCGCUCUUUUCGAGCAAUUACUUUCGCUAUGUCCCUUCGCUAUUGGUUCAGCGCUGCUGCAAUGCUCAGCACAGCGCUGGCACACCCUUCGACUUCGAAGCACCACUCGCACCCCGCCCGGCUGUUGUCAAGCAGAGAUGUCUGCUCUGGUAACACCGCUUCAACGCGUUCGGAGUGGUGCGACUUUUCGAUCAACACCGACUAUACUACUGAGGCCCCUGAUACUGGAGUCACCAGAGAAUACUGGCUGACCCUCGACGACGUGACUGUCGCUCCUGAUGGAGUCUCACGCUCAGCAAUGGCUGUGAACGGCACCAUCCCUGGGCCAACUCUUUUUGCAGACUGGGGUGACACAGUCACGGUCCAUGUGACCAACAACUUGGUCGACUCCAAAAACGGAACCAGUAUCCAUUGGCACGGCAUCCGCCAGAACUACACCAACGACCAAGAUGGUGUUGUCUCAAUUACGCAGUGUCCCACCGCACCCAACGACACAAUCACGUACACUUGGAAGGCCUUGCAGUACGGUUCGACUUGGUACCAUUCCCACUUUGCUCUGCAGGCGUGGGAAGGUAUUUUCGGAGGUAUUGUCAUCAACGGCCCUGCUACGGCCAACUACGAUGAGGACCUCGGUAUGCUCUUCUUGAACGACUGGGACCACCAGACUGUCGAUGAGCUGUACAUCAGCGCGGAGAGCUCGGGACCUCCUACUCUUGACAAUGGCCUCAUCAACGGCACCAACACUUGGGACGAUGGCGGCUACCGCUACAACACAUCCUUCACCUCCGGAUCAUCAUAUCGCAUUCGACUCGUCAAUGCCGCCGUUGACACGCACUUCAAGUUCAUGAUCGACAACCACACCAUGCAGGUCAUUGCCACCGACCUUGUACCCAUCACGCCUUACAAUGCCACUAUUCUCAACAUUGGUAUGGGUCAGCGCUACGAUGUCAUCGUUACAGCCGACCAGGCCAGCGUUGCUGAUAACUUCUGGAUGCGCGCCAUACCACAAUCCGCCUGCUCUGAGAACGACAGCUCUGAUAACAUUCGUGGUAUCAUCUACUAUGGAGACUCUGCCUCCACCCCAACGACUUCUGCCUACACCUACGACGACAGCUGUGACGACGAGACUGACAACAUCGUCCCAUACAUCAGCAAGACUGUCGAGACCGAAUCAAGCACCAACCUUGAGACUGCGGCCGUAGGAUUCAACUCUGACAAGCUCUUCCGAUGGUCCUUGAACAGCACCACCAUGGUCGUCGACUGGGAGGACCCGACCCUCGCGCAGAUCCUCAAUGGCAACACGACCUACGACACGUCUGAUGCCGUACUCGAAUUGCCGGACGCGAACGUCUGGACUUACCUUGUCAUUGAGACUACGCUUGCCAUUCCCCACCCCAUUCAUCUUCACGGUCACGACUUCUCGAUCCUCGCUCAAGGCUCCGGGACUUACUCUUCAUCCGUGACUCUCAACCUCGACAACCCGCCUCGUAGAGACACAGCUAUGCUGCCGGCUAGCGGUUACCUUGUUCUGGCCUUCGAAACCGAUAAUCCUGGCGCCUGGCUCAUGCACUGCCACAUCGGCUGGCAUACAAGUGAGGGCUUUGCGCUGCAGUUCAUCGAGAGGUACAGCGAAAUUGCGGCGUUGACCAAUUCGACUCGCUUGUCAGACGGCUGCACCAGCUGGACUAGCUUUUCAGAUGAAGAGAGCAUUGAGCAGGAUGACUCUGGUGUGUAAGUGAUAAAUACGCUUAGUGGUCACGCAGCGGAUGGAUCGUUCGGAGUCGGUGUUGCGGUGUUGGUGCAAGGUUCAGAUCACAUUCCUCUAGAUCUCUUUUCUCCAAUCAUCACGAGGAACUUUCUUAAUGUCAAUCAAGUGCAAGUAUAGAAUCUCAAUGUAUAACUUCCUGGUCGCAUACUUUCUCCAUACGUG